AUGGUUGCCACCGAGACUUAUCAACUUUUCCAUCGCCCUAUCGCUGAUCAUGCCUUCUCUGCAGACAGACAAACCUUAGCUGUAGCUAGAGAUAUAAAUGUGGAGCUUUAUGGAAGGCACGGGAAAGAGUUCAAGCUCAAAGAAGAACUUAAGGGACAUGAUAAAACCGUUACCAGCUUAGAUAUUGCUCCCAGUAGCGGAAGAAUUGUAACCUGCUCCCAAGACCGUAAUGCAUUGGUAUGGGAGCCCUCUCCUACUGGAUAUAAGCAAACACUUGUUUUGCUUCGCAUAAACCGUGCUGCCACUUUUGUACGAUGGUCUCCAUCUGAAACAAAGUUUGCUGUUGGAUCUGGAGCUCGGGUUAUUGCCGUCUGCUAUUUCGAAGAAGAGAAUGACUGGUGGGUCUCAAAACAUAUCAAAAAACCGAUCCGAAGCACUAUCAACACACUGGCAUGGCAUCCAAACUCGGUGCUCUUAGCAUCAGGCUCUACCGACGCGCAUGCACGGGUCAUUUCAAGCUUCGUCAAGGGCAUCGAUAAACGACCCGAGCCCGGGGUUUGGGGAGAGAGAUUGCCAUUUAAUACCAUUUGUGGAGAGUAUAUGAACAACUCAGCAGGCUGGGUUCGUGCGGUUGCAUUUUCUCCUAGUGGAGAUGCCCUCGCAUUUGCCGCUCAUGAUAGUAGCAUCACUAUAGUCUACCCAAAUGGUGCAGAUCAGCCUCCCAAAGCAAUUCUGAAUAUUGGAACUCAGCUACUACCGUUUAUCAGCCUAAUUUGGAACGGAGAAAAUGAAAUCAUCGCUGCAGGAUUUGAUUGUGAAGCCUACCGCUUUUGCGGUGAUGCUAGCAAUUGGCAACUGCUUGGGUCACUGGAAUCCAAAGGUGAAGAAGACCCUGGAUUAGCAAAAGAAGAGACAGCUUUCAACAUGUUCAAACAAAUGGACUUGAAAGGACGAGCGAAGAACGACACCCAAUUAAACACUGUUCAUCAAAAUACAAUCAAUACCUUACGUGCCUAUGAAGAAAUUGAUGGAAGAAUCAAAAAAUUUAGUACUUCUGGAGUUGACGGAAGGGUUGUGAUCUGGAGUCUAUAG